AUGGCUAGACCCAAAAGCGUUUGUAAAAAUGCAAAUAAAGGGGAAAAAGUUGAAAAGUUGGUGGAUGAGCUGAAGAUGAGCGUAGACGACGUUCACGAAGAAGUCAAGGAAGAAGAGAGCAACAACAAUAAGCCGACCGGAAAGGAAAAGGAAGAAGCCAGCCUCAAUGUACUGGAUACUUAUCGGGAAAAAUGCUGCAUUAUCCUUCCUGAGAUCCAUGAACUUGAAUCCUUUCUUGAAAACAGUCUCCGAGAGGACAUGAAAAUUCCACUCUCACAAGAUCAAUUUGAUAUGCUCAUCAGCAUGCAACUGAAUGAUCCAUGUACACCAGAAGAUAUUGCAGUCUUGUUUCGCAUUUCUGACACUGAAAACGCCUUCCAACUUUUUACAAAAAUGUUUACAUCAGCCCUUUGGAGUUUCAUACCUCCAGCCAAUUCAACAGAGGACACUUUUCAUUCUCUCUGGGACAGAAACAUAAGAGACAUCCUUCAGUAUAUCCUUCCUGAGGGUACUUCCAUCCGAAAUACAUGUCAUGGAACCAGUACCAAUACAAAGCAGCCAGACUUUGGAUUUAUUCUCAAUGGGGUUUGCCCCUUCAGAGGGGAAGAGAAAUCCCAAGAAAGUGGAGUUGAUCCUAGGUGCGAACUCCAGGAGAAGCUUGUCUGGAGCUAUGGUAAUGUGCCCUACAUUUUAGGGUAUUAUGCAAAUGGGCCCAUUGUUGUGUUCACUGCCAUUUGCCGACCUUCAAGUACCUCAAAUCUGCCAGAACUUGUUGACAUUGUGACUUCAGAUCUCCGAAUGCUGCAUGGACGAAUAUAUCACCUUCGACGUAUGAUCAAUGUCUCCUUCCUGCUAUCAUCAAUCACAGAUAUAAUUGGCUGGCAUGGGGCACCUGAGUUUCAGGUGGUUGAAAGAAGGGACACUAAUAUGGAAGUAUUACGCACUAUUGAGGUUUGUGGAACAAACAUAAGGAAGGCCUUUAUGGGUUCAAAUCGUGCUGCAUGCCUGGCAAAGCUUCAGAAUGUCUAUAACACAUUAGCUGAAAAACGGGUACCAAAUGUCGAUUAUCUUGUCUACAAGAGGGAAUCCAUAGAGAAUCAGCAAUCUGUUGCAUAUCUCGCACCAAAAGGCAUGAGCACCUACCCGAAAACUGAAGAAGAACUGAUUCAAGCUGUUUCUUGCAUUCUUGAAGCACUAGUGGUUAUGCACAGUACUCCCAAUCCUCUAUUCCACCGUGAUAUUCGGUGGCCAAAUGUAAUUCGCGCAUCUGACAACCUGUUGAAAUGGUUUCUUAUUGAUUGGGACGAGGCAGCCAGUCCACCAACUCGUGCAGCAACUCAUCUUGAGCGAAGUUGUCAUGCACCAGAAGUGUUAAAUGACUGUCAUGGCGGGGAAGUGGAUGUCUGGGGUGUCGGACAUUUGAUCAAAGAAUCGUCACAUUGGAUCCUCGGUCUUUCAGAUAACAUUGUACAACUGGGUGAAUGGAUGCAGACUAGAGGAUCGGAGAGGCCGGAUGCCUCUGCUGCUCUAAAAGCGAUUAGAGCAUUACAGUGGAACAUGAAUAAAUAG